AUGUCAACGAGAACUACAACAAUAUCGGGGUUGGGGCCGACGAUGACCUACUACCCCGUGACGACACCCGAGCCGUGGCCCCCAAUCUUCAUGUACGGUGCGCGCCCGCUGAGCCUCGACGGGGGCCAGAUCGAAAAAGAACUCCCCCCAACCGAGCUGGACCAAAACAGCCAUCGGCUGCGGGUCGACUGCCCAAAUGGCAACACCAGCCACACCACCCGCACGCCAGAGGAGGAAGACGCCGACAAGCAGUGCGUCCAGGCAGACCUGUUCCCCGCCGAGUGGUACCGGAACCCAGGGACCGACAGCAGCGUGACGAUCUUCGGCGGGACCUACACCCCGUCCGCGGCGCCGGAGAAGACGUGGCGCUGCGAGAUGACCGUGGGGGAAUUACAUGAUACCCUGGUGGGCGGCGACUGCUCGCUGUGGGAGACGCCCUCGGGCGCCGCCGACGCGUCCACCAUCGCCACGACGGGCCUCGGCCGGUGCGCCGUGUCGCGGCAGUACGUGCCGGUGCGUCUCACGGCCGGCGAGUUAGCGGGGAGCUGGGGGACUGGCGCAAGUUAUUGGUUCGACCCGACUAAUGCCAACAACGAGGCGGUCACGGCACUGAGCUCGGAGAGGUGCCCGGACCCGACGAGCCUCCUUGGCUUCGUGGCCGCGACGGCGACGGCGACAUCGGGGACGGCUGGGUCUGCGACGCGGUCAACCUCGGCUGCCAGCGCAGGAACGGCCUUCAGGGGCGACAGGACUGGUCCGGCGGCUUUGGUCUGUGUGGCCCUGGCAUGUGCGAGGGUGGCGGGGCUUUUGUCGUUGCCUCUAUAG